GCGCCUUAAUAAAUUAUGCAUAAACCAACACUACAACUCACUGCACUUCGUGACGACAACGCUGUGCUCAAUUCAACUAAAGGCCGCUUUUGGUUCGUCGCUGUGCUGCUCACUCUUGCUUUGGCGUCUCAGUACAAUGGCCGAGAAACGAGGAUCUAAGAAGUACAUUCAUGAGCAUGAGGAUACCAUCGAGAUCCAAGACUCGGACAUGGGACUGACGUUCUUCAGUGGGAGCUCGCCGCCGCGGAUACAGAAGAUCGACAUCUUCUCCUACUUCUUUGGAUGGUUGUUCCCUGGAGACUGGAUCUUGCAGAUUGACAAACGGGUAAGCUUCUGCGAUUAUUAG